AUGGACUCAAAGGUGCACCAAAGCAUAUCAGGCAGCAGGACACAAAUGGCCUUAGCAAAAAGUACUUUGGAGCUCCAAGAAAGUAAUUUCCUUCAAACGGUUUUAUCAUCAAUUACCACUCCCUUUGAUGUGACUUUAUUUAACCAAGAAGAAAUGGUCAGGGUUUCAGAAAGGAGAAGUACGUCAUUGGUAGAUGUCUCCAUAACAAGCAAUGAGGCGUUCUUAAGUGACGAUGAAUUUAUUAGCUCAUUUCCAAAGGCACAGUGGACUCCUCCACUGAAGUCUUUUGCGGUUUUAACAGAUCAUCACUCAGUUAAUACAGUAGAGCCAUCAAGAGAAGUGUUAGAAACUGUGUUGCUAACACCUUCGUUAUCUGUCCUUUUUUCGCCAUAUGAUAUCUCAAAAACAGCACAGCAAAAGACUCCGUCGAGUGCUGUCCCUGAACGCCGUAACACUCGUACAGAAUUGAAGCCUUUUGUACCAGAUAGUGAAAUGCUAACAGCAAGCAGAGACUUGCUGUUGUACUCUCCAAAUACAGCUAUUUAUUUCACUUCCAUUCCUUCAGAGGCGGGAGUUGCAGUGCAGGAAAACAUAAAUGCAAGUUUAACAGCUCUGCCUUUUGGGGCUGCUUCAGAAGGGUCACCUCGUUAUCUCAAGCUGGUAGGUGAAACUAGCCCUGUGACCCCAGAUGCCACAGCACAGCGUGCACACCUGUAUGGUGACGUUUAUGCUGAUGUGAGCAGCAAGGCAACAGAAACUCUCAGUUUAAGGACCUAUCCCAGUCCAGAGAUUCCCUGGGCCUUGUCAGCUCCAUCAGCCAGUGCUGAGCCUGCUUUGUUCCCUCUUAGUCUUCCACUUGCGUCUUUCCCACUUCACUCAGCUGCCGUUUCCACAGACUCUAAUACAGUUCUUAAUGCCAGCCUGUUUACACACAAAUUUUCCAGUACAACACCAAAUUUGCCUGCUGAUUCAGAAAUACCAAGUCAGUUAGAGCUUGUCAGUGAGCUCACGAGUCCAGUGCCUUUCACGAGAUCAUAUGGUUCUUGUCUCUAUUGUGACUCGGUUUCACUUCUGCCAGAAGCAGGCUUUUCCCCAGAACAUGAUGCGGGCUCAGGCGAUUAUGUUGAAACUUUAUCCAUCAAAGCCUCUGAAGUACAAGGCAUAACUCCAUUUACAACUCUAAUUACUGAUGGGUAUGAGUUAGAGGAGCCUACACCUGAAAUUUUUGAUACUUCUUUUCCGUCAAGACCAGUUGUUUCAUUUUCUUCGAGAUUUGCAGAAAUGCCCGAUUCAAGCGUGUUUUUAUUAAGCACUACGGACACUGUACUUAACAACAGCACACCUAUAACAAGUUCUUCUUACCUUCCGCUUCCAAGAGGAACAUCACUGAACAUCUCUUCCCAGAUUUCCCUCCCUAUUCUGGAAACAGUUUCACUGACACCAAGCACUCGUGAAGAACUUCCUGAUGCCACCACUGUGCUGUUUGACUCUACCUUUAUCCUCAGUGAGCCCGUAACAUCAUUUGCAGUCACUCGUACAACUUUCCUAGAGUCGCCACAAUUAAUGCCAUCAGAAUCUGUAUUUUUGCUUGACAAGACAUAUGCAAGGAAGGAACCAUCUUUAAAUAUUUCAGAGUUUACAUCCAGUCUUUUAUCAACAACAUUUCUUAUUGAACCUAGCUACUCAUCUUUAUCGUCAGCUGUGCUAAAUUCUUACUCUGUCCCACAAAGUGAUUUAUCAACGCUCUUACCUCAGACUUUGUUGACUGGGACAUCAGUACUUUCUGAGGAUAUUUCCAGUUGGGACUUAACUACCACUGUCAGCUUUGCCACUGAUGCUGAGGUUUCUCAGUUCCCUCUAGGCCAAACAUCAUACUUCUUUUCAAAUGCAUCCUCUCUUCCAGGUGCAUAUGUUCCUGAAAUAACGCCAUCAUCAGUUUUUGACUCUGAGUUGUCUCCAUUUCUGGAAGCACCCUCCGUAUUGCCAGUGGGCUCUGAAGUUGCAUUUACCUCAGCUAUUACAGGAGCUACCUCUCAGUUGGAGCCAUCACUGUCCACCUAUCGCUCCGUGGUUCCUACCCUGGUGCUGCCCACUUCCGACACCCGCUCUGUUACCAGCAACGUCUUGCUCAGUGAGACAAAUCUGAUUUCCUUGUUUACUACCCUUCUGUCAACUCCUAUCUUAAAUGUAUCUUCAUCUCUGUUCUCAACUGCUCUGGAUUCUGAUGAGGAUAUUGGUGCUACAGUUAACCCUACACUGCUUUUAGUGUCUCACAGCGAGGGCAGUGCCCACACAGCCCUUCCUCCCACAGACCCUGACAACCCGACGUCAGGUGCCAACACCAGCAGCGUGAUGCCCAUUCCUACAGCAUCUUUAUCUGCGACCCCGUCGUUUGCUCCCACACAGUUUCCUUCGACUUAUGUCCCUCCCACUGGACCUGAAGUUCCAACAGGAGGCAGUGGAACCACUGGUACCGAUACAUCAGCUGCUCCCACCACUGUCUCCAGGACCGUUGCCACGGGCAUCCACAGCACCACUGCUGGAGGUGGCCUGGGGACGUUCUUCUCCACCCCUCUGGUGAUCACUUCUCCAUCUGAAUCUGUGGUCGCAACCUCUGCUGUGACCACUACUAGGCAACCCUAUGUCUGUGACAUCACGGUUCCUGAUGCUUAUUUAGUCUCUGCGGUGUUGGCUCGAAGAGCUGUUCUACAAAAUGUCAGUGAAUCCAUCAAAGAAGUGCUCAGAGUUCGGUUCAGGCGAUCAGUAGAGCUAGAGGUUUAUAAAAUUACCCCCAAAUUUACUUUCUUGGUGACAUCAGGUCCUUUUGUUUAUACGGCAGUAGCUGUCAUAAAUGUGCUUGUGAACAGCAGUCUUCUCCGUGGUGAGGCCCCAAUGAUCCUCUCACUGCAUCCUUCUUUCACUGUGCCAGAUAACAGAUUCCAAGUUCAAACAGUGCUUCAGUUUGUGCCUCGGAACGUGGAUGUUGGGUUCUGCAACUUUAGCCGACGCAUUGAGAAAGGGCUGACAACGGCAUUCAGGGAGGUGAGCAGACCUCAGGAGUUGCACAACUUCACUGUGCAGAUACUGAACAUAACUCUGAGUAGGCCUGGGAUGGCAUUUCGGCAAGGCCCUGUGAGUAUUGUUUUUGCUGUCCGAGAUAAAUAUGGUUUUCUAAAUGGAUCUGAAGUCAGCGAGCAACUAAGAAACUUAUCUGUGGUGGAAUUCAGCUUCUACCUGGGCUUUCCUGUGCAGCAAAUUGCUGAAC